UGGACGCAGCUUUGCUUUGGUGCACACUCUUUUCUUCUCUCUUUCUCGUUCUGUUGCAGCUGAAACGGUUCUCUUUAAUGGAGAUUUGCACGGAAAUCCCUGAAGAUUAAUCUGCUCUAGGCAAAACAUAAAUUCUUCCUUCCUUUCUUUUUCUCCAUCUCUCUUUCCAUCUAUUUCUCUGUCUAUACUUCACUCUUAGCUGCUUGUGUGAUAGAAGGCUUGCAUGCCAAAGCUGCUUUACUUCAAAAAGUCUUGGAGGCGCGUCUGUAAAGAAGAUCCAACGUAGACUGAAUCACCUUUUUUGUAUUUUUUUUUCAUAUCAAGAAGUACUCAUCCAUGUAUUCAUUGGGGCUGAUGGAUAACCCGAAGAAAACGACACAGCCUGGCACAUAGCCAAAGUAUAAUUUUUAAAAUAUAUAUGAACGUUACAAAUUGCACACAGGGAAGAACUGUUUUAAUGUAUGUAAUUUUGGGAGUGCACGCUAUGGCGGCUCAUAGUCAGUCUAGGAGUUGCAAAAGCAGACCCGUGCUCCUCCAAACUGAUUAGUUGACCCUUUUUAUUCUGAGAUAUAGGAAGUCCAAACUACUUUUUUUUAUUCAUUAUAUAAACAACAGUUUUUUUUAUCUUGAGUGAAACAUGGCGGAUAAAGUAGGCCUCGGGGUUCCCAAAUCAGGCUCUCGCUCCUCCAUGUCUCUUCCACCAGAGCCUAUCGAGAUCAUCCGCACCAAAGCCUGCACCAGAAGAGUGCGCAUCAACGUGGGAGGCCUGAACCACGAAGUGCUUUGGCGGACCCUGGAGCGGCUCCCGCGCACACGCCUGGGGAAACUGCGCGACUGCAAUACACACGACUCUUUAAUGGAGGUGUGCGAUGAUUACAGCCUGAACGAGAACGAGUACUUCUUCGACCGGCAUCCGGGUGCGUUCACAAGCAUCCUGAACUUCUAUCGCACUGGGAAGCUGCACAUGAUGGAGGAGAUGUGCGCGCUCUCGUUCGGACAGGAGCUCGAUUACUGGGGUAUUGACGAGAUUUAUCUGGAGUCGUGCUGCCAGGCGCGCUAUCAUCAGAAAAAGGAGCAGAUGAAUGAGGAGCUGCGGAGGGAAGCGGAGACUCUGCGAGAAAGGGAUGGAGAGGGGGAGUUUGACCACUCCUGCUGUCCUAAUAAGCGAAAGAAACUGUGGGAUCUCCUGGAGAAACCGAGCUCCUCAGUCGCUGCUAAGAUCUUGGCAAUUAUCUCCAUUCUCUUUAUCAUCCUGUCCACCAUCGCCUUGUCCCUGAACACGUUACCUGAGCUCCAGGUUACAGAUGAGUUUGGUCAGGCAAAUGACAACCCUCAGCUGGCACACAUCGAGGCUGUAUGCAUCGCCUGGUUCACAAUGGAGUACCUGCUGCGCUUCCUGUCUUCACCCAACAAGUGGAAAUUCUUCAAAGGACCUUUAAAUGUAAUCGACUUGUUAGCCAUCUUACCUUACUACGUCACUAUAUUCCUGACUGAGUCCAACAAGAGUGUUCUGCAGUUCCAGAAUGUGCGACGUGUGGUGCAGAUUUUCCGCAUCAUGAGAAUCUUGAGGAUCCUUAAGCUGGCAAGGCAUUCGACCGGGCUCCAGUCACUUGGCUUUACGCUCAGACGGAGCUAUAACGAGCUCGGUUUGCUUAUACUGUUUUUAGCAAUGGGAAUUAUGAUAUUCUCAAGCUUGGUCUUUUUUGCAGAGAAAGACGAAGAUGCAACAAAAUUCACAAGUAUACCAGCUUCAUUUUGGUGGGCCACUAUCACCAUGACGACUGUUGGUUAUGGAGAUAUCUAUCCACAGACACUGCUAGGUAAAAUAGUCGGCGGGCUUUGUUGCAUCGCAGGUGUGUUGGUGAUCGCUUUGCCCAUUCCCAUCAUCGUCAACAACUUCUCAGAGUUUUACAAGGAGCAAAAGCGCCAGGAGAAAGCCAUCAAGCGACGAGAGGCCUUGGAGAGGGCAAAAAGGAACGGCAGCAUUGUCUCGAUGAACCUGAAAGAUGCCUUUGCAAGGAGCAUGGAGUUAAUGGACAUUGUGGUGGAGAAGAGUGAAGACAAACCUUCCUUUGAUAAUCACCUGUCUCCGAGCAGGUGGGGAAUUUCAAAGCGUACUUCCUCCGAUGCCAGUUUAAUGCCGUUUGAUAGAAAAAACGGCUCAAGGGAGUGUUUUAAAAGCUCAAGUCCACAGCACCUUAAUGUCCAGAAACUCGAAGAAAUAUACAACCAGAUGAGCAAGGCACGUUCCUUAUCAGAUCUCGACAAAAAUCUGAACGAUGCCGGGCCAAAGCAGAGAGCACAGACUGCUAAAUCUAAUCGAAAACGAAAUAGACCUGCUUCAGAUGUACCACAUGUGACGAGCCUUGAAAGCUUUGCAAGCUGCACUGCUGAACUUAGAGAAGCCAAAAAGUCAAUCCCUUCUAGUAACAAGGCAGCUCAGGUGGAGCAAAGCCCGACCGAAGUGCCUCCACUUCAGGCAGCAUCCAAUAAAGAUGAUAAGUGCUGUGUAAAAAAUGGCACAAGUGUGGUGGACAACACUACAUGUUUAAUUCAAAGAAUUAACCCAGGCUUGACAGUCAAUUUUCUAGAAAGUACAGAUGAUGUUCCUCUAACACCUCCAAGCACUUCCUCCGCUCAGGAACUCAGCAUUAGUCUUCAAGAAGACGGCGAUUCACCGGAGCAAGAAAACUCUCCACUUUUUCCUGAAUCUCUAAUUCUGGCUAGAAUGAAAGAAUCAGGACUAUUCCUUUCUCCAAAGCUUCCGGUCUGCGAUUUCCAUCCAAAUGAGACUUUAUCUCUCCUCGAGGAACAACAGCGAGCGUCCAUGGAGGAGGACAUUGCCGGCAUGUCGGGUUCUUCGCCAAAAUAUACUGCACAAAACUGCACUCAGGACGAAGUAGGGGACAACUCGGAAGGCAUAAAUGAAAGCAACCAAAGUGGACACAAAGUAGAGAAUCACAUGUUUACGCCAGAGAUUCAUCUCAUGCCGGGAGAUGGGGAUAUUUCGCAAACUAGCAUGUGAAACACUGUAAGAUGUGAGGGAAAAACGUGUGGCAUGGAGGUGUAGCAAAAAAUAUUUUUGCAUGGCAUGAAAAUGAAAAGGCCAUUAUAUUUUUUGGCAUUGUUUGCAGGAAAUAUUGAUACAAACCUCUUGGACAAAGAACCUAUUUAUCUUUAAAAUGAUCACAAUCCUGCUGAUUUGUACAAAUUCGAUGACAAACGAGGAAAAAGUGCAGUGGAACAGAACAAGCAUGCAUUUAAAAACUUCUCUUUACGGUGCUUAGUUUGCUGAAAGCGCUUCACUGUAAAUAUCCCCCGAGGACUGAAUGAUGCUCAUAGCCACAGAGGACAAAAUCCAACUUAUUUAUUUAAAAAACGUGCUUCUGAAGACUGAAAGGUUGCAAAACAGCAACGUACUGAAACAUAUCAUUACACAGUAAUGCAAUGUGUACCAUGACAGAGCUGUCGUUUUGUUGUUUUGUUUUGUUUUGUUUCUUGUUCUUUUUUUUUUUUUAAGAGUAUAUGACAUCGAUAUCAUUUUGACUGGUAAUUUGCAAUAUUUCCUGAUUUAAUGACCAGAAAUUAACUGUUACACUGGUUCAUACACUUUUAUAGAAGCAGAUUUAAUUAUUUACCGGCUAGCUCUUUUUUCGAUGCUACUGGCAGCUAGCAUUAGUCAGGUUUUGAAUGUGUAUCUUGAUAAUGUAGUUAAACAUCACUAAACAUCAGCAUGAUGGCGUGGCAGAGUGACUCCGUACAUCUCACGUGUUUUUAAUUCACUUAUGCUAGCUAGCUUUCUAAGUACAGCAUUUUGAAAAUAUAGCAGCUAGUGUAACAUUGAGCAGCUAAUGGACGUCCUUAGGUAAACACGUGGAUCCUUUUUUGUACCUAAAAGAGGUCUGAAUCUAAUCUUAUUUCCUGUCUACUUUAUUAGGAACAGCUGUACACCUGCACAUUCAUUUGGUUGUCCAAUAAUGUUGCGGCAGCAUAGCCAUGAAAGUUACAACUUUAGAUAAAGUUCACAUCAAACAUCAGAAUGAGGAGAAAUUGAACUGUGGCAUGGUUGUUGUUGCCAGGUAAGUUAGUUGAGUAUUUUAAAAACGGCUGAUCUCCUGGAUUUUCACACAGUUUUUACACAAACUGGUGCAGAAAACUAAAAACAUCCAGUGAGUACCCCAGCUCUGUUGAUGAGAGAGGGACCGAGGAGAGUAGCCAGACUGUUUCAAACUGACCAAAAGUCUACACUAAUAUAAUAACUACUCUUUACAACCGAGCAGAAAAGUGUCACAGAAUGCAAUGAGUUGAAUCUUAAUGGCUCACCCAAACAGUUUGCAUUCACUUUAGUGACAGAGUCCUCUUCUUGGCUAACAUGAGUGGAACAUGAUAUACAGUAGCCUUGUAUUAUAGACAAUUUUGUUUUAUGUUGUGUGUUCUGAGAUGCUUUUCUGCUCACCAUGGUUGCAAAGAAUGAUAAUCUAAAGACCACUGUUCUCUGGUUAUUGGUUUUUCACACUAUUGUGUGUCAAUUUUAGAGAUGUGUUUAGAGUGUGUUGGGUAGAAAAACCUCAGAAAGGCACUCGAACAUACCUGUUUGACAACAACUGUUUUAUUUUUUAUCCUGAUGCUUAAUGUAAACAUUAUAUCAUGCUUUGAUCAGUAGUUGAAUGAUUUUAUGCACUAUAAUGCAGCCAAAUGAUUGGGUGAAAAUGUACAGGUGUUCCUAUACAGUGCUUGUUCUGGUCAUUAAAUCUUACACUUUGCUUUACAUAUAUUUUUUUUUUUACGAUAAAUAAUAAUGAUAAUACUACUACUACUACUACUACUACUACUACUACUAAUAAUAAUAAUAAUAAUUAGGACCAAAAAGCCAUAUUUACAAUAAAUAUUUUGCCUAUUCUGCUGUAUUGUCAAGAUAUAAUGAGACAAAAUUAUGCUUCCAAAAUUUUUUUAUUACACUUGUGCCCCUUUUCCACCCAAAGCCAGAGCUUGUCCUGUUUCGAUUUCUCUUUUUGAACCAGUUUAAUGCCAAACCAUGCCAUUAUUUGAUGUCUGACAUUCUUUCAGCAUUUACAAAUUUUAUCAUCUGCACAGCAAACAAAUAUUGCCAUAGCUAAGGAUCUCAAACAUGCUCCGUUGUUUGUAUUCAUUAUGUUUUGGGUAGCAUCGCUUUAGCAUACAAUAUUAGCAACGUAGCUGCCCCUCAGUUUGUUAAUUGCCAUUAAAGUGUUUCUUCCUCCGACCAUGAAUUGUGAUUUCACUCACCAAUUCAAUCAAAUAUUCACAUAGUCAUGUACGAUUUAAAGCCAACGACUUUGUUGUCAUGGCAACCGAAGGUCUGGGUUAACUGUUCCAGUCUCUUUGGUUCAGUGCUGUUUUCAGUGCUAAAUUGUUGACUUCCCCUCUCGACUCGCACUUUGCCAAACCUGUGUCAUAAGGAAAAUCUUAUUUUUUUUGUUUACAGCUUCUUUUAAUGGCACUAUUUUGAAAACCGGUGCAAAGUCUUUUGGGAAUAUUUUGUUCCAAAUGUCUACAGUGAUGUCAUCAUCAGGAUACACCUUCGGACACUCCUCGAACCAACUUUACUCAAGCUAACAAAGUAAAAGGAGUUUCAAAAUAGCCAAAAGGACAAAGGGGAUGUGGACAAAAAUUGCACUGAACAGAGAAUUGGAACGCUCCAGCACCGUGGAAAAUAUCUUUGUUUUGUUUUUUUUGUUUUUUUUUAAUUGUUAUAUUCUUCUUCAUCUUCAUCAUGUGGAUUAAAAUGGUUUAAGUCGAA